AUGGACUCCACUAAUACAGAAGAUAUUGAAGAAUUUAUGGAGGAAUCCCUUAAAGAAAAAUGUGAGGGUCUCAUGAUCAAAUCUCUGGAUGUGAAUGCUAUUUACGAUAUAGGAAAACGAUCACACAAAUGGUUAAAAUUGAAGAAGGACUACCUUAAUAGAAUUGUUAUGAAAAUGGUACUGGUCCUGAUCACUGGUUUAAAGCCUGUGAAAGUUUGGGAGAUUAAGUGUGCAGAUCUUUCCCUUUCACCUAUAUACAAAGCUGCAGUAGGACUGGUUGAUCCAGAAAAGGGCAUUUCUUUGAGAUUUCCAAGAUUUGUAAGAAUUCGUGAUGAUAAAAAUCCUAAAGAAAUCACAAAUGCAGUACAGGUUGGGGAUGAAUUCACUGAUAUUGUAAAUAUAGAAACUAAUCAUUUAAGCGAAUACAAUAAAAAGACCAACAUGGAGGAGAUAUAUGAUCGAGGGGCCAAUAACGAGUAA